AUGGUUGGUGACCUUGACAAGGGCAGUUUGGGGGAUGUUGGGACAGCUGUUUUUGAUGACCCUCUCUAUAAACAGUGCACCUGUGUGGUGUGUCCCUCACAGUACCGACCUGAGUCUUCGCGCCCUGAUGGACAGCAGACAGCAGUUCACCAGGAUGCCAGUGCUUCCCCAGAAAAGGCUCCUGCCGAGGAGUCUGAAGUCGCCCGGCUGCUAGCCUGUGCCAAGAAGGCUGUCCAGGCAGCUCAGUCAAAGCAAAGCCCCGGGGCUGAUCAGAAACCGCCUUGUCCUCAAGGACGUGGGACUCGUUCAAACCAGUCUCUGAAGAAGCCAUUCAAUAGUAUCAUUGAGCACCUGGCGGCAGUAUUCCCAUGCUACAGCAGCUCCGAGCUUGCUGGGUUUGUUAAAAAAGUGCGAACCAAGAGCUCACUUUUAGGACUGAGUAUUGAUGAAACUGUCGGGAGAGUGAUAGAACACAUCCUCACUGAGCAGAAGAAGAAGCCAAAUCCAGGGACAGAUCAGAGGACCUCUGAGCCCAGCUCUGCUGCUCCUGCCACCAAGUCCUCUGGGAGCCAACCCUCAGCACCUGCUGGAGCGUCACCCAAAACCCAGGGCCAAAAACAAGAAGAUGGGAGUGCCGUCCCCGUGACUGUAUAGUUGUUCUUGUCUUUGUGCUUUGUUAUUUUAAUGAAGAACAAGAAGGAAAAGAAGCUUUUAAUCUGUGACUUAGCCCCUUCUUUUCAUUUCUAGACCGAAUUUAUUUGAUCUUAAAAUUAGCAACCAGAGUUAGAGGUACUCGAGUGUGGAGCAUGUCCAGUUAGAACAGGAGUCAGCAAAAUGACAGGGUUUUGGUCUCUCUGUGUUCUUCGGCCCCACACAGAGAGGGGGCCACAUACCCAGGCCCCAGAGCCACUCUGACCAGAUGGUGGGGACUGGGUGUCUGCCACCCUGCCCUUGUUUCAUUGCAGACACUCAGGUGCUUUAAAAUUUUUAUGCUGAGUGUGGUAUUUUGAAGAGAUGGGAAAAUGAUUUUUGAAUCAUUUUAUUCUAUGUAAAUAUGGGCUUUGGAAUCACACAAACCUGGUCCCAUCACUUCAUAUAACACUGUGAGCCUGGACAUGUUUCUUAAUUUCUCUGAGUCUCCAAUUCCUUAUCUGUAUAAAAAAGAACGCCAUCUGCUCACCCGGGUUGUUAGCUGGAUUUAAUGCUGCAGUAGGCUCAACCGGGCCCAAGCACUGUGCUCAGGAAAGGCGAGUUCUUCUUCCCUCCAGUGCCUGGGAGGGCAGUUUACAUCCUCUCCCAGCUAUUGAUACUUAGGUGAAUGAUUAAUUUUUUACUCCCUAUUCCUCUCUUCCUCCAUCUCCUGGUAACCACUAACCUUCUUUUGUCUCGAUGGAUUUACCUAUUCUAGAUACUUUAUAUUGAUGAAUGAUUAAUUUUUAGCGUUUAAGCUAGUACCAUACUUUAAGUAUGGUAUGAAAUAAAUCGUCAUUUGUAACAUUUGAUCUGGGAGUCUGUUAACUAUGUAAAACAGUUUUUUCUCUGAGAAGAUCAGAACUU